AUGCAGGGAGAGAUGAAUGGUCUUAAAGCUUUGAUUUUGCAGGAAACUCUAUCGGCAUAUUGCAUUCAUUAUUUUGCUCACCAAUUACAAUUGACACUUGUAGCCGCUGUCACAAAAUAUUUUCUCAUAGAUGACUUUUUUGCUAUUAUUACUAAUGUGUUGAAUGUGGUAGGAGCAUCAUUUCAGCGCGGAGAUCAACUUCUGGACUAUCAAGUAGAAAUAUUGGAGCAGCUACUAGAAAGUGGUGAAGUUCAAAGUGAAAAAGGAUUAAAUCAAGAACGAGGACUUCAAAGGCCAGGCCUUCUAGUGUUACUUACUCACAUCGAUCACUUACGUGUUGAGCUCUUUUAUGCUACAAUUGACUUGGAACUUCAAGAGCUUAACAAUCGUUUUGAUAUUGUGAGUGGUAACUUGCUUCUUGGUAUGGUAAGCUUGAAUCCAGCUAAUGUUUUUGCUAAUUUUGAUAAGGAAAAAAUAAUGAUAUUGGCCAAGCAUUAUCCUAAUGAGUUUGGGGAAUCAAAGCUUCGAGAGCUUAGUUACCAACUUGAUACUUUCAUUAUACACAUGCGAUGUGGUGAUCCUAUAUUCUCUAAUUUGAAAAGAAUUGGUGAUUCGGUAGAAGCAUUCGUUAAUACAAAUCUUGUGGAGACUUAUUCUUUUGUGUACCUUCUUGUGAAGUUGAUAUUGAUUUUACCAGUCGCUACUACAACUGUAGAGAACUUUUUUAUCCAUGAAGCAAAUCAAGAAUGA